GUUGCCAAUAACAACAGAAAUGGCUGACGUGCUGGAAGAUAACAUAGAUACUCCGUCCAUUUUACUACCUUGUGGUUCCUGCAACCGAACUUUCCGUCCUGAGGCACUCUCAAAACAUUCUAAAGUGUGCGAGAAAACGUUGAUGAAGAAAAGAAAAAAAUUUGACUCUUCCAAACAAAGAAUCCAAGGGACUGAUUUAGCUGAGUUUCUUCCAAUCUUGCCAACAUUUAUUAAAAAAACAGACAGAUCACCAAUAAGAAAAACCCAGACACAAGUCAGCAGCACUUCACAGCUUCAAUCCAGUAGCAAGUCUUCCCUGAAAUCACCUAAGCAAGAAAAUACAAAAUGGAGGGAAAAACACAAUGAAUUGGUGCAGACAAUAAAAGCAGCUCGGAUGCCACCGGGGCAGGCUCCUGUCAUCAAGCUGUCUGACCAGGAGGCCUGCCCGUACUGUGAAAGGUCCUUCGGGCCUAAGGCCUACGACAGACAUCUGGAGUGGUGUAAAGAGAAGAUGACCAGGAUACAACCUAAGAGUCCUGCUAGUCAGAGAGCCAAGGAGCGGCUAGAGGCCAGAACUAAGUAUCGAGCCCCUCCAGUUGGCAAAGCCAAGCGUUCAGCAUCAAGAGACAAAAUACAACCUGAAACUUCUCCCCAUGUGAUUCACACUCCCCUUACUCAGAGGAAAACCUACAACAAAACAAAUGUGAUGGAGAGUAGCAGUGUUCCCAACAUAAACCGCAACUUGACGAAAGACACAUCUUUGAGAAAAAGCACUAGAGGCACCAGUGUUACCAGGACUACCCAAGCAUCUAGAAUGAGAUUUCCAAAUGCUGUCAAAAAAGUAGUUACACAGAUAACUAAGAAACGUGUGGGCCCUGGAUCAAACGACUACGACCCGUACAAGUCAGCCGAGCAGCAAAUGCUGGAACUCAUGGAGCCACAUCCUCAGCCACAGCCGCAGAAACUAACCCCCAUUUCCAAAUCACCCUCUCUAGUUUCCUCGCCUACCUCAGCUUUUAGCAAAUUUACCUCUAGUCUAACCCCCGAGCCGCUCUUCAUUUCAGAAAACGACAACGAUACCAUGUCAAAAGUGGAAACCAAAUCCCAUGCUUCAAGUGAAAAAUCAACCCCUCCCCUCACCAUUACUUCUCCGCUGGACAAUUUUUCUAAAGACUCCAACCAAAACACUAUCAACCUGAGUACUUUGAGUCUAUGCUCAACCAUCAGCAUAGAGUCGGUCGAUAGUAACAAAAAUAGUUACAAAAUGGGACACAGUAACAGCGCCAGAGUACCUGAGAAGAAGACUCCGUUGCCUCUGAGGAGGACAGUUUCUGCCGUGGAGUCUCGCAAACCAAGCGAACCCCGUAGGAGUAGGGAUCCCCUCAAGGGUCUACUAAAAAUGGAAGAUUUGCUGUACGGGUCAAAAACCGUCAUUGAGGGGGAAAGAUAUUUCGGUUCACCAAUUAUUUCACGACAGACUGAGAAAAAUGAUAACUUCCACAGUUCUUCUGGUUCUUUACACAAAGCGGUGUCCGACACCGAGACUCUAAACGCAGAGCAGGAGCUACUUAAGUCUAUGUCAGAGUUUGAGAAGAUUUUCUCUUCCUCUUCAUCCUCUUCCCCCUCUCCUUCCUCUCCUCCUCUUAAACUUUUUCCUUCCUUGGUUUCUAGUUUCCCGGCGGACCUGAUGGACGUACAAGAUAGGGACUUCUCAAUGAGUCACACUGGUGGACCAGACUCCGCUUAUAGCAGCCUGAACCGCAAGUCGCCAGUGGGAGGAGAGCAGGAGACUAAGGAGCAAGAAGUGGCAAGGUUCUGUCACGAGUGUGGAGCUAAGUAUCCUGUCUUGGCCGCCAAGUUCUGCUGCCAAUGUGGAGUAAGACGACUAGUCAUCUAGCCUAACCUAACCUAUCAUUCCACAUCAGCACAGAUACGACUCUACAUUGAGAAAAUUCCAUAAUGUACACUACACACUUUUAUUUUACAUCCAUUAUGUGCCAUUAAAUGUUUUCAUUUGGUUUAAAUAUUCAGGAUAUUUUUAUUACUUUACUGUGAUUUAGUGCAACGAUUGUUUUAACAAAACUAUUGUAUUUUUUAUUGCCUUAUUGGUUGAGUUGUAUUUUUUAAUUUUUUAUUACUUCAUGCAUGCAUUGGAAACAGUAAACUUUUAUAUAUUAAUUCUGAGUAGUUAUAUUUCAGCUUCCUUGUCUUAUUAUAGUAUUUUAAAGACCUAAUAUAUGUAUAAUUUAGAGCGUGGUUAAGUAGUAUUACUGUUAUGAGUCACUGAGAAGAGAACGUAGUUGUUUUUGUAAGACUGCAUGAUUAAUAUGCUAUUAGUUGAAACAGUUGAGAUAGGCUAAUAGAAUUAAUUUGUAUAACAGAAAAUCGUGCUGGUUUCCAUUUACUUAAGGAUUAAUCACGCAGAUAUUUUGAAUGUAAAACCAUUUUUGGCCAUAUCCUCUUUUUGUUCAUUAUGGAAUGAUUGCUAAAUAAAUAUUAUAUACUAUAAUAAGCAAACAUGUUUUGUAACUAUUUUUUUAUUGCUUAAUUUAACUUAUUGUUUUUCCCAAACAUGUUUUUAUAGAUUUUUCAAAAUUCUUGGAAAACUUAUUGUACUAAGCUAAAACUACAGUUUUUUUAUGGUAGUGCUAGUAGUUAGUUAACAAUAGCAAACUUUGAAGUGUUACUUUUUAAUGUAACAAAUGAGUAAUGUGUCCCAUGGUUAAAUUAUUGUGCAAUAUUUCAUAGUUUGAAAACUUUGGUGAUUUGUAGUUUUUUACACAUUAAUAUAUUCAAAUGCUGUUAUUUUAUUUUAGCGUUGUUGGAAAUGAGAUUUCUUGCUAUUUUGCCAUUAUGUUUUAUUGAAGUGCUUAAAUAAGUUCUAAUGAGCAAUCUUUCCUUGUUUUUGGGUUUCUUAACCACUUCUAUCCAACACUACUUGUCCUAUGAAAUAAGUCAAUUUAUUUUUAAGCUGAAACAACCAGAAUUAUCCGCGAAUCACAGUCAGCGUAUGUUUAAGUUUAAGGACCAACUUCAGGACCAUUUAACUUGUAUGAUCUCUUACAGUCAUUCCUGUUUGUUCACAACAAAUAUAUCAUAUUUUUUGUUGGAAAAGGUUGUGUUUUGUCAAUAACAAUACAAAUUUUUGACGACUUUAUCUUUUUUUUUAUAAACAUUUUCUGUGUCUUACUUUCUAAGCCAUACUUAACAUUUAUGUGUCUCCCUAAAUACGAAGGUUUCGAGUUUUAGCGUUUUGUAGGUAUCACUAAAUUGUUAAGAAUGCUACUAUUUCAGGAUCAACCUCUAUAAGUAUUGCCAAUUAAAGUAUUAUUUUUUAAGGGUAAUUUCCAAAUUUUUAAGGUAAAUUAUAGCAGAAAUUAAGGUCAAAUUUUAAAUUUUGCCUGCAUGUAUAUUAUAACAAUAUUCAUUACAGUAUUGUCUUCUAUUCCAGUCCAAAUGUUAAACAACAGGAUAGGCUGACCUUAAGCUUGUUUAACCUUGGGACAUCCAUUUAUUUCUUGGCCUUCCUAAAAAGUUUUAGUGAUAUUCUGGAAAUAUAUUUUUCCAUAUAUAUAUAUUUUUUUAUAAAUUCUUGGCCAUAACUAACAAUAUCAAAAUAUACUGAAAUACACUGAAAAUGGUAAACAAAUACACACAUAAGUCAUAAAACACAUAAACAGUGGCCAAUUAAAAAGCAGGGCUGGUUCGCUACCGUCCUACUAAAAACCAUGCGAUUUGCAAGCUCUCAUGUUACUUACAACAUGUGCCAUUGACGCGUGGCCAUGGCACGACAAACAAGGGUAGUGGACCAUUCGUCAUGGACCACUGCAUGACAACACGGUUCUCUGCCAUCGGCAGAACCGUUUAAGAAAGCAUUGUUAAGGAAGCAUUUCACAUAAAUGCUUUCUUAACACUACAAAAAAAUUUACCUGUAUGGUUUUUAACUGGACGAUAAAAACUGUAUAAAAAUAGAUUUUACUUCUUAUUUAUAGUUUUCAUAUUAUUUUCAUUUUUAGUUUUGCGUAUAAGCUAACUUAGACUCACCAAUCAAUGAUCAAUGGAAGAGUUUAUAAUACAUACUAUGCAUGGAAGAGAUGCUUGUACAGAAUAACUCCCCUAAUCGACCUCGGCUAGUCCGACUUUUCGCUGAAUACGACCGGGCCAUCGCCUAUCGGUUUCAAUGUUAUCCUGGUAAUAUUGUGACCAUUUCCCCUGGUUGUGUGGACAUCAUCAACAUCUCCCGCAAUCCCGGCAAAAAUCUUGUUUCUCCCCAAGUUACGGAGACAUCUUCAUUGUCUUUUGCGAUCAGGAAAACGUUAUCGUCAUCCCACACGAUCGUGGCCAAAUCCAGGACAUCUCCUGCGGCAAUAGAUUUUUAUCAUCAUCUACUGCAAUCACAUAAAAUCAUCGGCAAAUCCUGUGGUCAUGGAAACAUCAUCGUCUUUGACGAUCCUAGCAAAAUGUUUAACAUCUCCCGAAGUUGCGAUGCCAUCAUCAUCUCCUUUAAUUGCAGCAAACUUCUGAAUAUCUCCUGCAGUAACAAAAACAUCAUCGUCUCCCAAAAUAUUAAACGUCUUGCGCGGUCACGGAAACAUUGUCAUUGACUUUUGUAAUCACGGCAAAAUCCUGAAUAUCUUCUACGCUAAUGGCAAAAAACCUCAUGUAUUCUGUGACAGAGGAAAAAUCCGGAACAUGCUGCUCCUCGGAUAAUCCGACCUUUUCACUGUUCCGGCCAUAGUCCAGGUCCUGAAUGUGACAGAUUAGCGGGGUUGUACUGUGUAGUCAUGUAUGUAUUUUAAGAAGAUGCUUGUGUUUACAAGAUAAACAAUUCAAAAAAUAGAGACUGCUACAAAAUUAAUUUAAGAUAACCAUAUUUUUUUAUAUUUGGUUUGUGAAGUUAAGUAAGGUUAACAUGAUCCUACGGUUAUUCUGAUAAGUCCCAGAGAAUAAAAGAAUAUUUUUUAAUUGUAUUUAUUUUUAAAACAACUUUUCAUAGGUCAAGCUAAUAAUUAGAGGAUCAAUCAAAUCAAACCUUCACAAAUAUAUGAACAACGGUUUAAAAAUAUAUUCUACUGUCCCGGGACGUUUUGAAUAUUAGCGAUACAUUUAAUUUUAUUGUACAUUAUUGCUUAAGUAUUAGUUAAGUUACCAGGGAAAUCACAACCCUUUCUAAUACUUGUCAGUAUUUUCAUACUUAUGCUUACCACAUUUUAAGAUCUUUACUAUCUAAUCGUACUUACUACUUACUAUUGAAGUGUUUUUUUAUGUGAUUAUUUUUAACUCACUAAGUAUGCCUACUCAUACCUCACCAUGGCGCUAAUAUUGUUUUAAAUAUAUAUUCAGCCAAUAUUCUACAAAUCAUGAAAAUGCAAUAAUAUUUUUUUUGACAAGUUUGCUAACCUUUAAGUAAUUAAAUACUUUAGGGUAAAUAAGUGCAAUUAGUAAGGAAUAAGUAGUUUAUAGACUGAAGUAGACCUCAUGAAAAUGGUCAGAUAAAUAACAUCUGUUUGUAACUUCCAUUGAAUUGUGUCUGAUCGUAGGCUAUAGAUUCUCAUAAGACCAUUUUCAUCAGGUUUUAACUAAUAUGUUCUUUAGUCAUAUACAUAAACUAUAAAGACUUGUUUUUAGAAAUCGUAUGAAACUUUGAUAUCAAAACCAGGCAGGUUUUCAUGAUUAUUUCCGUCCUAUUUGCAAAUGUGCCUUAGAUUUUACCUAGUUGACACACCAUAGUAAAAUAGUUCAAAUUAAAUUAGCAAAUUUAUUAGCAUUAAACUCUUUUGAAUGAUGUAAAAAUUUUAACAACUUUAUUCCUAUGAAGUGCGAAGAUAUGUUUUACUACUUGCAAAUAUAACUUUUAGUUUUAAUGAAAAUACAUAGGUAAUCUAGUAAUAAAAGACUAAUAUAUUCAUGAUGAAUGAUUUAAUUUUUGUUAAUAUUAUUGUGUUGUUAUUUUUGUUUUAAGAUGUUAAACUGACUUGAGCACAACAUGCCUAGUGGUAUAAUGUAGGAUUUUUGUGUGUUAAUUUCUAGUCAGAUUAAACCAUUAGAACAUAAUUGUAGUUGGUAGGAUGGUAGGAUUUUGCAUUGACUUGUGUAAUAUCAUAGACAAAUGGAAUAAAUAUAGAUGUCAAAGCAAGAUUCCGUUAUGUGUCGCUAGAGUGUGUUCAGAGUUGGAUUCGCUGUCGCCGUCGGCUCCUCGCCGUAACUACACAGCACUCCUAGUGGUGUACUCCAGAACAUAUGCUAACCACAGCACUGCUGUCGGUCUAUUAUUUAUUCUAUUUGUCUAUGGUAAUAUUUAAUAAUAAGUUCUAACAGACAUUUUACAUAGGUAGCAUUAAUUUUAUUACUAAUUAGGUAAUUGUGAACUGAUUUUUAUUAAAACUUUAGUAACAAUAA